GGCCGUCUUGUUCUUCUUCAGCAGCUGCGGUUGGAAGCCGAGAAGACAGAAGGGUGGGCUCCUGCCAAGCCGGGCAGCCAGCAACCAUGGCCCUCAGAAUGGUCCCAACCCAGCGCAUCUGCUAUUGCUUCAAUGUCAGGAUCGCCACCACAGCCCUGGGCAUCUACCAUGUGGUCAUGAGCGUGUUGCUUCUCAUUGAGCACUCAGUGGAGGUGGGAACUGGCAAAGGCUACUGCAAAAUCCUACAGAUGUCAUACUACAAGAUUGCGGACAUCGCCUCCAGCUUCCUGCUCAUCAUCAUGCUUUUUAUCAUCAGUGUGAACUUGAUCUACGGUGUGCUUAAGAACAGAGAACGUCACCUUUUGCCCUUCCUGUCUCUGCAAAUCAUGGAUUUUCUUCUGUGCCUCCUCACACUGCUGGGCUCCUACAUUGAACUCCCUGCCUAUCUGAAGUUUGGUUCUCGGGGGAGUCGAUCGAAAGGGCCCUUCAAGGUCCCUAUCAUGACUCUGCAGUUGCUGGAUUUCUGCCUCAGCAUCUUGACCCUCUGCAGCUCCUACAUGGAGGUCCCUACCUAUCUCAACUUUAAAUCCAUGAACCAUAUGAAUUAUCUCCCAAGUCGAGAAGGCAUGACUCACGAUCAAUUUAUCAAGCUGAUGAUUGGAUUCUCCAUAGCGUUCCUCACUGUUCUGAUCUUGAAGGUCUACAUGUUCAAAUGUGUCUGGAGAUGCUACAAGUACAUAAAAUCCCUAAAUAGGGGUGAGGAAAAAUUCAACACCAAGAUUUUGCAGAAGGUACUCCUGCCCACCUAUGAGGAAGCUGUGGCCAUGCCUUCCAAGGAGCCAGCCCCACCUCCUUACUCAGCUGUGUGAGCUGCGUGGUUCCCUCCUCCCCUCAUCCAAGUUGCUAUAAUUGCUUCUUUUUGCUUUAAGUGGUCCCAAUUACUGUCCGGCUUCCUUCCAGAUGUUUGCUUUCCUACCAAACCCACUAGAACUCUGGUCUUUUUCACCCCUUCAGGGUCCGUUAUUGAUGCCCACCAGUAGGAUGAUGGGUCUUGGCUGGGGAUAGAUGGGACCUUUGGCUCUGUCUGGUCCAAACCCCUCCUUAUACAGAUGAGGAAUCGUGGACCCAGAAAAGGAGCUUGGGUUGCCUAAAGUUGCACAGAUAGUAGGCUCUGGACUGGGAUUCUGACUAAAGUCAGUGUUUCUUUCACACAGCGCCAUGCUGCCUCCUGGUUGAAUCCAAUGGGCAAUUUUGUCAGUAAGUGGAUGAGUCAGCUCAUCCCCACAGUGGUUAAUUCGGUCAAACAGUUUUCAAUUCGGUCAAACUGUAGUGAAUGAGUCUAUCAACAGCCCUGAAAUUCAUCUGUCUUUCUGCUUGACGGAAUGCAUGGGGCCAUGUCCUCUCCACAGUUGCAGGGGUUGUAGGGCCUUGAAGGCUCUGGACCAGAAUCAUGCUCCUCCCCCCUUCAGAAUCACUUCCCUAUUGGCUACUGCUUGGGAGAGAGGUCUGGUCCUGGCCUUUCUGAUGGAGCCUGAGAGAUGGGCUUUGGAUGGGGAGCCCAGGUGAGCUGGGCUUGGGUGGAGGGAAGAAGGCUUGGGGUACCAGGCUUCUGGGAUGGGAAUAGUUGCUUUCCAUAUGUAACAGGGAAGAACUUCAUUAAAAUUGCAUUAAAGCUUUCUCUA